AUGGCGAAGCCAAGCAUGGGAAAGGUUCAGCGGGGGAAGAACUCUAUUGAUAGAUAUUUUACAAAAAAGGUUGGGACGAGUGUGACAAGCAAGGCUAAUGAUGGAAUCAUCCAGACCACGAAUCCCUCUCGCGAGCCCAUCGCGAAUCAAUCAGCGUCGAAGAGAAGACGACUGAAUGAUGAUGGAAAGCUGGAGCCAACGGCAUCUGGGGCCACAAUGGUACUCAGCAGCUCAACAGAUUACGAGGGGCCUGACACAGAAGAUGAUGGUCUGAUUGCCCUGAUGGUUAAGGACUGUGAAGAACGAGAAGGUGACUUCAAUGUCCCUGGUGAAGAAGGUGACUUCAAUGUCCCUGGUGAAGAAGGUGACUUCAAUGUCCCUGGUGAAGAAGGUGACUUCAAUGUCCCUGGUGAAGAAAGUGACUUCAAUGUCCCUGGUGAAGAAGGUGACUUCAAUGUCCCUGGUGAAGAAGAAGAUGAUGAUGAAGGAGAAGGGACAAAGAAGAAGAAGAAGAAAAUGACGAAAACUUCGAUAAAGAAGACAUUGAAAAAGGUGAUGAGGAAGGCGUUGAAGAAACUUGUGAAGAAGAAAGAGGAACAGAAAGAAGAACAAGAAGAAGAACAGGAAGAAGAAGGCGAUGAAGAAGAGUCUAAAGAAGAAGAAGACAAUCUUGGAGGAGCGAAAGAAGAAUCUGAUGAAGAUUUUGAAGGAGAAGAAGAAGACAACGAUGAAGAGUUUGGAGGAGCAGAAGAAGAAGAAGAAGCAGAAGAAAAGAAUGAUGAAGAAGACGAUGAGAUAGACGAUGAAGAUGACGACGAAGAAGACGAUGAAGGAGAGUUUGAAGGAGAGUUUGAAGGAGAGUUUGAAGGAGAAGAAGAAGAAGAAGAAGAAAAUGAUCAAGAUCGUGAUGGACAGAAAGUUCUUGAUGAAUUCGAAGAGCGUGAUCUUAAGCUUCUGUCGGAAUACCGACAAAGGACCAGACAUAUCAAUAUUGAAUCGGUGUCUAAAUCGCGCCUGGCGGUCGCACUGCGAAUAGCUCUCGAAACUAUGAACGAAGAAGCCAAUCGUGCGACUCAAGAGACUCACAUGAUCAACCCGUUCAGAGAUCGCCUGCGGAAUGGGAAAGUUGAGCAGUUCUUUGAUGAUUAUAUGCGGGGGAUUGAUGCUUCGGUGUUUGCUUUAUGGCAGAAGGAUAAUCUGACUGCCGAGGAUUUCCUAAAUGCAAACCUCCGCUGUGCAGGUGACGAUAAAAGACAAGGGGUAUAUUUCGACGUUGUCACAAGUGAAAAUGGGAAAGAAUUGAAAGCUGGCUAUGUCGGGUCAGCUAUCAUCAUGCGAAAGCGGAUCAAGUUUCAUUUGGAUACUGUCGACCGAAUGAAGCGCGGGAUAUCACAAUGGGCUCAAACCAAGGUGUAUUAUCAGAAGACACAAGAGAAUGACGUCAAGUCUCACCACUUUGUCUUCGCUGCUUUCGAGGCACAUCUUCCCAUGGGUCACCUCGUUUUGCUGGAGGGCAUUGCCACUAUUCUGCUGAAUACUCUUCUGGAGUGCAGAAGAAAUGAGCAAUACAAUUCAAGGGAAGCUUGGGAUAUGGCGAAGAAGAUUCGCGAGAAAGCAGGUCUUGCACAGCUACAAUGGCAAGGCCUGAACAAAGCAUUCCAGCUUCUGCAGGGCCACCGAAGGCGUCCGGUCACUGAAAGGGAUAAGUGCGCCAACCCGGGUUGUACGGGAGAAGCAAAAUCAUUUGUGAGGCCAGAAUGGAGAGAAUUCUAUCCAGGGGAUUUCAUCUGUGUGAACUGCUAUCGAUGGGUGACGAAGCGUCAUAAAAUGAGCGCAAGAAAGCUCCCAGAUCCUGACUUUGUGCCAGUGAAAGAUCGCGAAUGCGAUGCUUGCGGUGGAACGUAUCUCGAAGUGGGGAACAAAUGGUGCAAGAUCCCGGUUGAGUGGAGGGAGAAUUUUAAAGGCAAAUACUUGUGUAGCAAUUGCUUUGCUUGGUCAACGGACCGCAACGGAAAAAGAAAUCCCGCCCCAACUGAUCCAAAAGCCAGGCUCGCGAAAAAGAAGGCUCGCGAGGAGGAUGAAGAUGAUGUGCCAACGAAAGAUCGCAAAUGCAGUUCUUGCGGCGGAUCUCAUGAAGAGGUGGGCAAACGUUGGCGCAGAAUCCCACCAAAGUGGAAAGAUAUAUUUAAAGGCACCUGGAUGUGUCAAAGGUGUUUCCAUUGGGCAGAGAGACACCCCGGACAAAAACACCCCCGUCCAAGAUAUCCAAGGACCAAGAUCGUGAAGAAGGAUGAGGAGGAGGAUGGAGAUGAUGUGCCACCGAAAGAUCGCGAAUGCAGUUCUUGCGGCGGAUCUCAUGAAGAGGUGGGCAAACGUUGGCGCAAGGUCCCACUUGCGUGGAGAGUGAACUUUAAAGGCAAAUGGAUAUGUGAAACUUGUUUUAACUGGUCAGAGCGCUACAAUGGAAAAAGGAAUCCCGCCCCAACAGAUCCAAAAGCCAGGCUCACAACGAGGGAGGAGAAUGAGCCAGUGAAAACGCGCAAAUGCGCCAAUUGCGGAGCUGGUGCCGAGAAGAUUUCGUGUUGGCAAAAGAUUCCAGCCGAGUGGAGAGAGAACUUUGGGAGCAUGUUUCUCUGUCUCACUUGUUUCCGCCAUGUGGAUAAGAGUGAUGGGAAAGUGGUUGAUUUUGAGCGCCGUUUUUACCGAGUCCGUGCUCGCAAACCCCGUGUUCGCAAACGUUGA